UUUUUGUUAAUCCGUUCCCAAAUCCCAAUCCCAAAUUGCGGAGAUGGUGAAAAUUAAAAACGAAAGGUAUAAAUAAGCAGAAAGAGAGAGACAGUGAGAGAAUAGAGAAGGAAAUGGUGGCGAUAUCACUGUACAAAGGCAACCUCCACAAAGUGACCGGCGUGCCUCACCGAUGGCCGAGCCCCGCCCCCAAAAUUUCACUCAAAGAAUUCAAAAUCCUCCUUCGCCGCGGAGCUAGAGCCCUUUCCCGGGUACCAACGGUUUCGAACCCUAAUCCUUCAUCCGCCCCCGCCCAAAAUUCCAACCACAGCUGUGGCAAUUUUGGUCCGAACCCCGUGCGUAAUACAGCUACUGGAAUUGGUGUUGGUAAUCAUGUCGAUAAUUUCUGCUCGAAUUCUGACUUGAUUGUAAGGGAGCACUUCAUGAAGGGGGAAGGGGAGAAGGAGGUGGAUGAGAUUUCGAUAGAUGGAGGAGGAAAGGGGUGUUUGCGAAAAUUGGUGGAGAAGGAUAAUGUUUUGGCGGUGAAGGAGGAUGCGGAGACUGUCAUGAACGACCGUGCACCAGAGGCUCCGCUGAAUAAGGCGGUCGAGUUUGGGUUAAAAGAUUACUACAAAGCAAGGAAAUAUGUAGUAGAGCUGGGAAAAAUUUUCUUUUGGGAGAUCUUUGAAUAAAGCUUAACCGUUUUUUUCUAUUAUUUCUAUCAAUAGAAAAAACGGCAAUGCUAUUGGCGUGUUCGAUUAAAACAAUAACAGAAGACGACAUCUGUAUUGGCGUGUUUAGUUAGAAUUGGAAAAUGGCAAUAGAAUUGACAAAAUAUAGUGGAAGACGUCAUUUUUAUUUGCGUAUUUAAUUGAAAUUGGAAAGCGCCAAUAGAUUUGGCGUGUCUGCUCCAUCUUUUUAAAGAAGCCAGUCUUAUUGGCGUGACGGAAGAAAUCUGCACAUGGUGGUGGGUCGGAUCGAGGCGAGAUGUGUGGCUGGCAGAUGAUUCCGGUGAUGACUUUGAGACUCCAGCACCUCCUCAUCCUCGAACCGCAGCUCUUCAUUCAGUGAGUCACACCGGAGUUGUGAAUACAUAAUGGAGAUUCCGGUGAGGACUUUGAGACUCCAGUCCACCUUGUCUGCGUCUUUAAAAGACAUGCCAAUUCUAUUGGCGUUUUCCAAUUUUAAUUAAACAUGCCAAUAAAGAUGGCGUCUUCCAUUAUUUUUUAGUUUGAAUGCCAAUAUCACUAGCGUGUUUCCCAUUCAUAGAAAUAAAAUAAAAAAAGUUCACAUUCUGCGAAUCUUUUUUCCAAUAUCUCCCAAAAGGAGAAUUUUCCGUAGAGCUGAUAUUACAAGAUAGCUUACAAUAAUUAAGAGAGCAUGGUUCGCUUUCGAUAUUGGUCUUUAAUGUUAUAAAAGAAGAAUUAUACUUUAUGAUUUCAAUUCAUUGUCUUUUUCCACUUUUUUUUGUAUGGAUUUGUGAAGAUUGUCUUGUGAGUCCAAUUAGCUCAACUUUAAGGUGAUGCUUUAAUCAUGAUAGCCAACGGAAUGUUAAGCUUGUAUAUGAGAUUUCCAUGUUCGCUCAAUCAAGGAUCACAUUUGCUUAUGACAAAUUAAAUGAUUUGUUGGACUUGCGUACACCAUGAUUCUUUCAUAGUCUGUGUACUAUGUCUUACCGGAUGAAGCUAGGUGAUAGGUCUCCUCAUGCCUCGUUCUGAGGGUUAUCAAAAGGCAGAUCUGCAGAGUUUAGAUGUCAAGUUUCUGUUAGUGCGAGAAUGAUAUAUUAAGAAAUGAACCUUGUUGACGUAUUGGGACCUUGUAUACUUGUAUCUGAGCAUUAUCGUAAUUCUUUUACUUCACUGAAGAAGCCAUUUUUGGCCUACAAAAUUGGUACAAUGCGUUAUACCUGCUGCUCUUUUCUUGCUUCCUGAUUGAAAUUUGUUUCUUCCCUGUUGGAACACUGUAUUAUGCCUAGUAGGCUAGCAGGUAUGAGAUGCAGCAUAGUUGCUUAUGAUCCCUGAGAUCAGCAACAUCAAUCUAACCAUCUUGACCUUUGAACACAGCUAGCAUAAUUACAAACAAAAUACGUCUAUUAUCUGUUCUUCUCAUGUUGCAUAUUCUUAUUAAUUUCUUUCUGAUCACA